ACUUGAUCUGGUAUGAGCAGUGGUGCCGUGGAAGCUCCGGAAUAAUAACCUUGAUAUUAGAAUCCCAUCUUAUGAUUGUGCUCCGAUAAUCAACCAAUCUGGAUUGCAAGGGAUUUGGAGGGGAAGGAUAUAGCCAUGCUGGACCUAGUGAUGAUUGAGGAAAGAUACGACUCAAGUCUUCCGAGGCCCACCAAAUAGCAAUAUACUGUAAAGUUCAAUAUACUGUACAGUUUAAAUGAGAGGUUGCAGGUAAUCCAGGAGUAUUUUAUUUUGGUCGACAUCGACACCACCAUCAAUAUCAGUUCGUUAGUGACCAUAUGGCAAACAAGUCCCCUGUCUUACUCUCCAGAAGCGUAUUUUAUUUUGGUCGACACUCGACAUCGACACCACCAUCAAUAUCAGUUCGUUAGUGACCAUAUGGCAAACCAGUCCCGUCUUCCUCUCCAGACACCGCCAUCUUUCUCUUACCAAGAGGACUAGAGCAGAGUUGCACCUCGCAUGAGAGCAUGGCUGCACUAGGCUUUCUCCUCUUCAUCUUCAUCAGCACCUAUCUAGUUCCCCAAACCUACUGCCAAGUCGGCUCGCUCGGCCCUGCAUCCUCAGCAAGCUUGUCCACCAUCUGGACCUGCAGAGUACCCGACAUUGGUGGUUAUGAGCAAGCUGUUGAUCCUUGGCUACUCCGCCCCCUCACAAUCCCAGGCCACCUUGGUUUGUCCUUCGGUGCAGGAUUCUACUGUAUUUCUCCGUGCGACACCUUCAUCUUUGGGGUCUACGCCAUUUACACCGGUGACCCUAGUUUGUAUUCUGACCCCAACGAAUACGAACUUGUUGUACGUGGACUCGUCGUCUGGUCUGCAAACCAUGACCGCCAGGUCCGGCAGGAUGCAACCCUCAACUUCACCGGAGAUGGCGAUCUGGUACUCCGAGAUGCCGACGGCAGCCUUGUCUGGUCCAGCAACACAUCAGGCCGAUCUGUCAUUGGGGUAAACAUGACGGAGUCCGGUAACCUGGUGCUCUUCGACCACCACAACAUGACGGUAUGGCAGUCCUUUGAUUAUCCAGUGGAUUCUCUACUACCCGGCCAGCGGUUACUCGCGGGCCAAAGCCUCACUCCCAAUAUCUCCUCCGCUAGUAUGACUGGUAGCAAUCAGUUCUACUUCACCAUUCGUCCUGAUGGAAUCUAUGCUUUUGCUGGGUAUCUAGAGCCGCGGCUCUACUACAGAAACACAAAUCCAAGAUUUGUUCCUUAUUUAGGGAUAGGUAGAUAUGCAUACAUGACUCUCAUGAAUGGGAGCUUAGCUGUGGCUAAUUCUGCAUCCGGUGAUGAGGCAGAUAAGAUAUAUUUAUUACAACGCUCUCAGUCGCUUCAGUGCUUGAGGUUCGAGUCCGAUGGGCAUCUCAGGCUGUAUGAGUGGAUGGAUACUCAGUGGCAGGUAGUGCAGGAUAUUCUGGAACUGGAGCAGUGCGAUUACCCAUCCGUUUGUGGAGAUUACGGUAUCUGCUUCAGUGGCCAAUGCUCCUGCCCUAUGGCAAGUAGUACAAGUGGCACUUACUUCAGACAACUCGAUGACCACAAACCCAGUCUUGGGUGCAUCCUUGACACUCCAAUAUCUUGCCAACAUAAGGAAGAUCAUCAACUGAUACAAGUCCAUAAUGUUUCUUACUUCAGCUACAUUGACCAGACUGCUGGGGUGCUCACUGAUGAAGAAAGUUGCAAGCAGGCAUGCUUGGGGAACUGCUCUUGCCGGGCUGCUCUGUAUCACUACCACAAAACGGCUUCAAAUGGCUCAUGCUUACUGGUAUCAGAAGUCCUCUCACUACAAGUCCUGUCACUAGUUGGAUCUUCACCCGGCUCGGCAUUCCUCAAGGUACAGAUUGCUCAUCCAAAGAAGAGAGGUGUUCUACCUUACACACUCGGAGGGGUAACUGCUGCUCUUGUACUGUUUGCAACUGUCUUUGCUAUCUUAAGAUGUAGGAGAAAUGAAGAGGAAGCUAAUGAGGACGAGUUCAGUGACCUACCUGGAAUGCCAACGAGGUUCACUUUUCAAUCACUCCAAGUAGCAACCAAAGAUUUCAGCAGUAAGAUUGGGGAAGGAGGGUUCGGCUCAGUCUUCAAGGGAGUGUUAGGCGAUCAACUGGUUGCAGUAAAACAUUUGCAUCAAGCUGCUCAAGGAACAAAGGAAUUCCUUGCUGAAGUCCAGACAAUCGGCAGCCUUCAUCAUAUCAAUCUGGUAAGGCUAAUUGGUUUCUGCACAGAAAAAGCACACAGACUAUUAGUCUAUGAGUACAUGCCAAGAGGAUCUCUAGAUAGGUGGAUCUACUAUGGUGACAACAAAGCUCUACUUGAUUGGCACACACGACACAAGAUUAUAGCUAAUAUCGCCAAGGGUCUAUCUUAUCUUCAUGAGGACUGUAGGCAAAGAAUUGUUCAUCUUGACAUCAAACCACAAAAUAUCCUCUUAGAUGACAACUUUGAUGCUAAAGUUGCUGACUUUGGGCUAUCCAAGAUAAUAGAUAGGGACAAGAGUCGUGUAGUUACCAGAAUGAGGGGCACACCUGGAUACAUGGCACCUGAAUGGCUGACAUCACAAAUCACCGAGAAGGUUGAUGUAUAUAGCUUUGGUGUGGUAGUCAUGGAGAUCAUCUGUGGAAGAAAAAACCUAGAUUAUUCCCAACCUGAAGGUAGCAUUCAGCUCAUAAAUUUGUUGCAAGAGAAGGCAAAGAAUGGCAAGUUGGAGGAUAUGAUCGACAAGAAUAGUGAAGACAUGAACAUACACAUGGAAGAAGUGCUUGAGAUGAUUAAUCUUGCAAUUUGGUGUCUACAGAGUGACAGUAGUAGAAGGCCUGCCAUCUCGUUGGUGGUGAAGGUCAUGGAAGGAGAAAGACAAGUGGAAACAAACUUGGAGUUUAACUUCUUUGAUCUAAGUGCUUUGAAUGCUGUUCCGGUUGGAGAGCCCAAUUUGUCAACUCUACCUAUAACAUCAGUACUUUCUACCCCGAGGUGAACAUAUGAAACUAUAGUGAAAAAAAUAUUAAUAAUCCUGCAAAAAAGACUUUCUAUGUUGUAGAAAGUCAUUGAUAGUGUGCUAUGACUUUAGUUUCUUUAAAAAAACAUACUGCAAAUAUUAGUUUCUUAGAGCACAGUGGUCUGAUUGUUUACAAGUUGAUUUAAUAUGAUCUCUUGAAGUUCUGAAGGUAAUGAUUAGCCUUCUUGUAAGACCUAGGAGGCUGGGACCUCUGCUAUAUAUGUAAAUUUGAAAUGAACCAAGGAUCAAACAGGGUAAUAUGAUGAUUUGUGCAGGAACUAUUCAUGGUA